GACAGAGCUGUUCUAUCCAUCCAUAAGUUGCGAUUUCUCAUCUUCGACUCGGAUUCUUUGCAUUUACUGCACACUGUCUGUUUGAUGAAAUUACUCAGAGAAGCAUAAUCAAGUUCUUGAGAGGCAGUUUCCAUGGAGGACAUGUUUAGCAGUUUGCCUGAUGAGAUUCUUGGCCACGUGGUUUCUUUUCUGCCAAAUGAAUCUGCUCUUUAUACCAGCCUACUUUCUACCAGGUGGAGGGACUUGUGGAACGAGACUUUGGUUAGAUAUGGAACUGCUGAGGAUAUGGCAGAUUCUGUUGUUGAUUUCCUUGCUCGUUUUGAAGAGCUUCAUCCAUUAAAGCAUCCUAGGAGGCUUCAAUUUCACUAUGUUGAAACUGAAGACUCUGUACUCUUAGCAUCUAUUGCUACUAACAACAAGCUUCUUUUGGAUUUCUCCGGAAGGAAGAAAAGAGAAGAACCCGAAGGGCCUUAUGAGAUGCGCUUGAAGCUCAAUAUUCAGAAUCCUCAGUCAUUUCCUCCUCCUACUUUCUCAAUCAAGACUCUCUAUUUGAAAUCUGUUUGCUGUUUGACAAGUGAGGUAGUUUCCUCCGUUGUAUCAAGCUUGCAGCAUCUUGAGAACUUGAUAAUCACUGGCUGUGACGGAUUGGAGUCUCUCUGCAUAGUCGACGGCGAAACAAAACUUGUCAAGUUAACCAUUCUAGAUUGCUUGCAGUUGAAGUCCCUCCAACUCAGAACUUGCAGACUCAAAUAUUUUAGGUAUAGAGGUUUGCUGCCACGAAUUUUGCCUGAAAAUUUCUUCAAUCUUGCCGAUGCCAUGCUUGAUUUCAGACUAGGCCAUAUCUGCUACAACUUCAAGACUGAACAUUUUGAUACCACCUUGUUAACCAUAAAGAACUCUGAAGUUCUUACUCUGUGUGAAUGGAAUUAUCGGGCAUUAAUUUGGCCAUCAAUUUCACCCCAAAUUGAAAGCUUUAUUUUCUACAAGCUGAAAGAGUUAUGGUGGAUUGUUAAAGAUGGACAAAGCAGUGAUGCCUUAGUGUCCUUCUUGAAGCUCUGCCCUGCUUUGCAGAAACUUUAUGUGACAGUUGAUCCCGAAAGUUAUUUCACAUCAAACCCUGCGGCUUCAGGCUUGAAGGAAGCAACCAAAUACAAGAAACUGGAGCAUCUGAGACUCGUUAAGCUUAUGGGUUUUACAAGGAAGGAAGAUGAAAUCUCACUGGCAAAAGAUUUGAUUCAGCUAGUGAAGGCAAAACCUCCAAGGAUAGAUGCAUCAGAUGGAAGUUGCUUGCAGGUUUUGGGAAACACUUUAAGUGAACAUAAAGAAAGAUGUGAGCUUGUGAGACUGGAAAAGGAAAUUAAUGUGUGCGCCAAGCAUCCUCACAUGGGCUUAUAGACCGAUAGUUUUGUGGGUAUUGUAGUUUUUUCAGGUAGAUUAUCUAUGGAAUAUUUGAGCAUAAGAUACUUUGAAGUAUCAAGUUUUGGAGCUGUGUAUGUCUUAAAAUUAUAUAUAAAUGUAUUUAGCUAUUUAUAAUAUAUAUUAUAUGUUGCUUAUAUAAAUGAGUUUUCUAAUUUUUGAAGAAUUAGAAUAUCUUUGUGCAAA